CAUAAUCAUCAAAUUCACUUUCAGUGAAGUCUAGGUCACUAUUAUCCACAUUUUCAAUUUCAUCAUAUUUAUGUGUUAUUGUUAUAUUUCGGUCUUCCAGCUUCACCCAUGCAUAACAUUACUAUAAAAGACAUAAUUAUGUUGAACACUUCAGUCUUGGUUCGCAGCUCAAUCCGAUCUCUCGUAACAAUGUUUUCCAAGGUUGCUGUUGUUGUGUUCGUUAUUACCGCAGUGAAUGCAGGCUACUUGGGCUCUCCUGAAUACUCUACAUCUUAUGUCUCCAAUCACCUUGUGUCGCCGGCUGUUUCCCAUGGAUACGUAGCACCUGUUCUUGCCCAUGGCCAUGGAGGUUAUGGACUGUCCCAUGGGUACGACCAAGACUACUAUGCUCACCCUAAAUAUCAGUUCGAAUAUGGAGUAGCAGACCCCCACACUGGAGAUCACAAAUCACAACACGAAGUUCGUGAUGGUGAUGUAGUGAAAGGGUACUACACCGUGGCUGAUCCAGAUGGUACCCUCCGUACCGUACACUACACUGCCGAUGACCAUAAUGGAUUCAACGCUGUUGUGGAAAAGUCUGGACAUGCUAGCCAUCCUCAAGUUUACGGUGGUCAUGGUGGAUACUACCACUGAGUGUUCAAUGAUAUUUUUGUUACCUUCAACUCAAUCUUGUGAUCAAUAUUAUGUACCUCAUGAUUUUAAUAAACUAUUCAUUUGUUUCAUAAAAACAAA